AUGGACGGAAAACGGCAUCCCAGCUCGUUCCAGCAGCUCGAGAAGCUGGGUGAGGGAACUUAUGCCACCGUCUUCAAGGGCCGUAAUAGGCAGACCGGAGAGCUUGUCGCGCUCAAGGAAAUACACCUCGACUCUGAAGAAGGCACCCCGUCGACCGCCAUCCGAGAAAUCUCGCUUAUGAAGGAGCUCAAGCAUGAGAAUAUUGUCGGGCUACAUGAUGUUAUUCAUACGGAGAACAAGCUCAUGCUCGUCUUUGAAUUCAUGGAUGGCGAUCUGAAGAGGUAUAUGGACACGCAUGGCGAGCGCGGUGCUCUUAAACCAACCACCAUCAAGUCAUUCAUGUACCAGCUCCUCAAGGGUAUCGACUUUUGCCACCAGAACCGUGUUCUCCACCGUGAUCUCAAGCCCCAGAACCUGCUGAUCAACAACAAGGGUAUUCUGAAGCUUGGUGAUUUCGGUCUCGCCCGCGCCUUUGGUAUUCCUGUCAACACAUUCUCAAACGAAGUCGUCACUCUCUGGUAUCGCGCCCCUGAUGUCCUACUCGGUAGCCGUACAUACAACACCAGCAUCGACAUCUGGUCAGCGGGCUGCAUCAUGGCUGAGAUGUUUACGGGUCGGCCGCUAUUCCCCGGAACCACCAAUGAAGACCAAAUCGUUCGCAUUUUCCGUAUCAUGGGCACACCGACAGAGCGCACCUGGCCCGGCAUUACCCAAUUCCCCGAGUACAAGCCAACAUUCCAUAUGUAUGCUACUCAGGACCUCCGGAAUAUUCUCCAGACAAUCGAUCCAACGGGUAUCGACCUUUUGCAAAGGAUGCUUCAGCUUCGACCGGAGUUGAGGAUCAGUGCCCACGACGCCCUCCAGCACGCUUGGUUCAACGAUCUGCUAGUGCACCCUCAACAACAGCUCCAAGCGCAGGCCCGUGCAUACCCUCAAGCAGUUCCCAGCCAAGGAUUCGAUACGUACUAG